AUGGCUGCGUCCCCCACACCUGAGCAACUGGAAUAUUUUCAUGACAACUCAACAGAGAGAAGUGCAAAUGAGAGUUUAGUUCUUGUGGAACCUGGAAAUUUUUAUUUGAGUGACUGGAUGGAGAUCCUCUCUAUGCUCAUUGCUAUAGUUGGGCUGGUGGGGAACAGUAUCGUCCUGUGGCUUCUGGGCUUCUGCAUCCCCAGGAACCCCUUCUCUGUCUACAUCCUCAACCUGGCCGGGGCCGACGCCCUCUUCCUUUGUUGCUCCUUUCUGCACUCUGUACAUGAAUUAUAUUAUUUUUCCAUGGACAAGGUAGUGAAGUACCUCAGACACAUGUUCUACACUAUGGGCCUGAGCCUCCUGGCUUCGAUCAGCACCGAGCGCUGUCUAGCCGUACUCUUCCCCAUCUGGUACCGAUGUCACCGGCCCAAGCACACGUCUGCAGCCGUGUGCACUGUCCUCUGGGCUCUGACCAGCCUGUUCUGGGCAAUAGUUUAUGUACUUUGUUUUUAUAGGCUUGCCGAUGAUUUCUGUGAUGGGCUCUUCGUCAUCCAGGUAGUGUGGUUCUUCCUCCUUGCUUUUGUUCUGUGCGUGUCCAGCCUGACUCUGCUGCUGAGGGUCCAGUGCAGCUCCCAGCGCAGGCAGCCCCCAAGGCUCUACCUCCUUGUCCUGCUCACCGUCCUCGUGUUCCUGCUCUUUGCCCUGCCCCUGGGGAUGGAACAUAUCAUAUGGAGCUUGGGCUUAGGUUUCACGCCUUCUUGGCUCAAUCAGCUCCUAACCUGUGUGAACAGCAGUGCAAACCCCUUCAUUUACUUCUUCCUGGGGAGCCGAAGGCAUAGAAGAAAGAAGGAGCCCCUCAGAGUGGUCCUGCAGAGGGCCCUGGGGGAUGAGCAGGAGGUGGGAGGUGAGACAAGGGAUACCCCCCACACCAACAGUCCAGAGACAUCAUCCUGA